UCAUUGCAUGCUGAUGUGGAAUCAUUUAUCAUCGAGAAUGCUAUAUAAAUAUGAGAAGAUGCGAUUGGUUGAUUCCUUUUUGUUGUGUUACCUCUCCCUCAUGAGAAUUCUUUAGUUAUAUUAAUGUCUAGCCCAUCCUGUCAGAGAGCGCUUGCAAGCUGGCAUGCCAAGUUCAUUAGGUGAAAUAGAUAAAUGAAUGGAGGAUAUCCCCUUUAUGUCUGGUGGCUUCAAGGAGCUGAAUUGUAGAAUUUGAGGGAUUGCAACUUCUGAAAGCAGGCUUAAAGGAUUUGUGCUGAUAUCUUUUUUUUACUUGGACAGAGGAAGUUUUCUUAGUUAAGAGAUUUUCUUUCAUAGAUUUCAUUAGUAGUAUGGGCUGCUUGAGGGGUUGGGCAUCGUCUUAUUUUCUUUCUUAUAUGUUUUCUAUCCUGUCAAGUCUUUUCCCCUCUCUUGCCUUUUCAUGACUUGUUGUGGGUGCUGUAUGGUAUACUUCCAUCUUGUUGGUUCAUUCUUCUGAUUCUUUGCUGUGAUUUUUAUCUAAUUGAAAGAGGAAAACAUCAAGCUCUUGCUGUGGAUUUUUUUUUUCUCUUGUUAAUCUCCAUGUAGGGUAACUAUCUAAGUUUUGGUCUAUAAUCUUCUAGUCUAUAUGGCUUAUUGACACCUUUUAAUCAUCAGCGGUUCAUGGGUACAUGUUCUAGACUUCAACCAUUUCAUGGGAAUCAGCUUCUUAACUUUCAAAGGUUGAAUCAGAUUGAUAAAAGAUCAAGGGGCUCUCAACUUUAAAUUUCCAGUUAAGUGAGCAACAGGAGGACUAUUUGAUGUAAUAAGCUUCAAACUUACAAGUCAAGUUGCUGGGUUCUCAAGCAGUGAACCACCAUAUCCAGUCUUUCAGUUAGUGUAUUACCUAGUCAUUGCACUCUAGUGAUGUUAGUUAAGAUCUAGACCAGUCAAUUUUACAUAUAAUUGAUAUGGGAUAAGUAUCAAUUUUUUUGGAUCAUGAAGUUCCCUAUAUGAUCAAUCAGAGCCAACUAAUAAGCAGUUUGCACCUCUAGCACCACGUGCCUUUUGUAAAAGGUAGGUUAUGAUGAUCAUUUUGUGAUCAGCUGACCCAGGGAUGUACCUUCACCAUAAGUCCAGCUAGAUGCUUUUUUGUUGCUCUUUUACAGGCAUUUUAGGAUUAUGCUUCUGCAUAUAACAUAUAUUAGUAGUUUACCAAUGAUUUAAGUUAUUAGGGAUGAUAAUAUGAUUAGUAUUUACUGUAUUUUAUUGGUGUAAUUUGUAACUUCUUUUGCAUCACUUUUCCACAAAUAUUUUCACAUAUGGAUGAAUAAUGCUUUUUCUCAUAUCCUGUCAUAUUAAAUAUUUCAUAGUGAAAGAUUGCGAAGUUAGCAAAUCCUUGUUUGUGUACAAAGGACUUCCAUUGGUUGAUAUGCCUAAGCACUUCCAUUCAUCCUGCCUUGCACAACUGCACGAGUCACAAUGGAAUGAACAUAAUUUAAUAGCAGUAAAAGUUUAGUCUCUUGAGCUGUUGGUAUAUGUGCAUGAUGGAAUAAGGAAUGGUUCCUUAAUUUUUAACCUUUUCAAACAGCUACUCAUACAAUGCUCAAGCUCAAUGCUUUAAUGAUAAUCUCCCUGACCUGAGGACACCAAGCUCAAUCUUAAAAAUUGAGACUUGGUUGCUUGACAAACUUGAGUAGCUAGCCUUGAUUACAAACUUAGAUGUAGUGAGAUGCUGUAAUAUACCCAGAAACUUAUAUUAAAGAAGAUUUUAGCAAAGGGUUAACAAACGUUGCAAAAUGCAAGAAAUGGUGAAGAAUUGACUAAGCAUUUGGAGUGUCAUUCACUAAUUUGUGUUGGUAAAGGCUGGAAUAUUGAAGCAAAAUAUGUUAAAGAUUAGGCUAAUGAACUAGUGCACUUAGGCAAGCUCAGCCAAACCAACAAAAGACAAGGUGGGAUGGCCCUAGUUGAGGUAAUAUAAAACUUGAGUUUGACCAAGUUCAACAAGGAUGGGCUUGAACCAACCCACUUAGGUCAUGUUUGGAACAUUGGAAUAGACUCUGGGAUUGGGAAAUCACUUCCAUUUCCAUUCAUUAAUAUAUUUGGAUGGUUUUUUAGAAUGAGAAUGAUAAUAAAAAAUUCAUUAGCAUGGAAAUCAGAUCCCAUUCCCACUAGGAUUUUGAUUCCUCUCUUCUACAUGGUAUUGUGAUUCACCUCCAUUCCUCUUGUUUACUGGCUCCAUAAACCUGGCUCUGAUUGAUACUCUAUUUAGGGCUGUAUCGUAUAUCAUUGAAAAAUACCUUAAAUCCCUUGUAUCAUAUUUUUCACAGAUGCUGUCAAGGACCCUUACUUGCUCAUUGCCAAAGUGCAUGAUAAACCUUCUAUAUUAUUUGUCUUAUUUCUUAAUGGUGCACCUCAGCUUUUAAAAUUGACUCCUGCCCUAGUCUUGCUACUUUUGGAAAACAUCAAGGACAUUGCGCUAUCUUCUUUGCUAUUUUGUGAAAUCUCCAAUCAAGGUGGCUGUUGGCUUGAGUCACUUGGCACAUACAUACAGUCAUCUCCUACAGUUUAUGGGAAUAUUUCUUUCACCAAUGCUUGCUUUGCAUGAAGGAAUGAAGCUUGAUCCUGAAAAAGGCCAAUUGCAUCAUUUCUCUGAAAGGUGACCAUUUGUGGUUUGGCAAGGGAUGCUUUGAACUUGCUUCGGGAAAGAAAAGAUGGAUAUGACAUUGUAAUCAGUGAUGUUAACAUGCCUGACAUGGAUGGUUUUAAACUUCUUGAGCUUGUUGGGCUUGAGAUGGAUCUUCCAGUAAUUAUGAUGUCUGUUGACGGCGAAACAAGCAGGGUCAUGAAAGGUGUUCAGCAUGGUGCAUGUGAUUAUCUUCUUAAGCCUAUAAGAAUGAAGGAACUCCGAAACAUAUGGCAACAUGUUUUCAGAAAGAAGAUCAAUGAAGUGAGAGACAUUGAAAGUCAUGAAAGCAUGGAUGAUUUCCAAAUUAUGAGAAAUGGACCAGAACAGUCUGAUGAUGGGUACUUGGUAAGUGGUGAUCCCACUUCAGUGAAGAAAAGAAAAGAUACUGAGAACAAGCAUGACGACAGAGACCAUUGUGACCCUAGUUCUGUGAAGAAAGCUAGAGUUGUUUGGUCAGUUGAUCUUCAUCAAAAGUUUGUCAGAGCGGUGAAUCAGAUUGGGUUUGAUAAGGUUGGUCCAAAGAAAAUAUUGGACUUGAUGAAUGUGCCAUGGCUGACUCGAGAAAACGUGGCUAGUCACUUGCAGAAAUACCGCCUCUACUUGAGCAGACUUCAAAAGGAAGAUGAUCUAAAAACAUCUUGUGGUGGAAUAAAGCAUUCUGAUCUAUCACCAAAAGAUUCUUCUGGAAGCUUUGGCCUUUCGAACUUGACCAACAUGCACCAAAAUGAUGCUGCUAAUAGCGGUUAUGGAUUUUCUGGAAAUAAGAAACUUGUGCAGAGUAUUGAUAUUGAUCCAAAAGUACAGGAAGGUGACCUGAAGGGGAUAAUCUCAUUGCCAAGGACAGAGCAGAAAAAAAUGUUGACUGGUGAAGCUUCUGAUCCUCAGAAGGCCAGAAGUUCACAGAUGGGUUUCAAUCAUUCUUUCGGGUCAAUAGAGCAAGAUGUAAACUAUGCAGCAUUUGAUUCAAGUAUCUCAGCACAAUACUCUUGGAGUGGAGAAAAAGUUCCUGAAGCUCAGUUUCAGGAAGAACAUAGACCGAGUGUUCAGUUGGAGACUAGCUUUAACCAGUUGCCUGUGCCUGGUCCGCAGCAUCAUAUUCAAGUUGAUUGCCUGCAGCCUACUUUGCCACCCAUCAGUCCUGGAUCUUCCAGAAAAGAAAGAGAUAAAGCAAGUCCUGCCAAAAUCAAGCCCUUGUAUGCCAGUUACGAUAGCCAUCAUGUAAGCAAUGUAAGUCCAGCAGGAAGUGAAAUUGACCUGUUUUCUGUUCAAUCGAAGUGCCAAAUGGUAAACCCUCAAGCUUUUGAGCCUAUUUCAAACAUUACACUGAAUAUGAGAAACCAGGGCCACAACCAGAGUGGUGUGAAUGAUUUGGAAUCCUUUCAAAGGAACCUGAUUUCAGGGAGUGGGUCAGCUCUUGAAUCAUUAGAGGACUUGCAAGUUCAUUGGCUCCAAGGUGACUGUAAUCCAAUGAAUCUUGGACUCCGAAACAUGGAAUUUUCAGAUUACCAUGACCAGAAGCUUAUUACUGAAGUUCCCUUCCACUUGUAUGAUCCACUUAAGUUAGACUAUGAGUAUCUCUCUGACUUGACAGAAUAUCCUAUAAUGGAUCAAGGUCUAUUCAUAGCAUGACCCUUCUCGAUUGGCAGCUUUUGCAUUCUAGGCAUCGUCAAUGAAACAAGGAUCCUCUCCUUCUAUCUCCUUCCAGGUAGAUGAUUUAGAAGUGGAGUAAGUCAGCUUUAUGGAUGGAACGUUGUCUUCCCAACUUAUUUGGACAUGGAUGAUGAAACAUGUACAAUAGGCAUGAUGACAUACAUUUAAGCGUAAUAAGCUUGCUUCUUACCGUUCUUAAAGAUGAGACAUGUAUAAUUUGUGUUAUUUGUAUGUAUGAAAAUGGACAUAGGUUCCAUACAUGAGGAUUCUCAUGUGCCUUGACCUUGAUAAAUUUUGUGAAGGAAGUAUUUAGCCCUGGAAGUUUGAGAGU